AUGCCAACCGUCCCAUGCGCCGACGCCAACGGCACCCUCGCCUCAGCGCUGGAUGGCGCAUAUGCCCAGCUGAUCCUUGCUCGCGCCCUAGUGGUGCCUUUGCGUUUGCACACCCUUGCCUUGACACCUACCUCUCCGCCCGCUUGCACACCUUUGCCUCAGCGGCCUCGGCACUUGUCUCCUUGCCUACCUCCUCGCCCACCUAGGCAUACUGCCCUCAUCAAGUGCCUUGCUCGUUCAGCAAUGCCUUUGGUUUCUAGUGUCACCCCUCUUGGCACAUCAGAUGACCUUGCCUCCCGUGCUCGACAUGCUUCGUUGGCUCUAUCCUCCUGA